UCAGACACAAUGACACGGGGACGCAGGGGCUGCUGGACAUGUCGCAUCCGUCAUAGAAAAUGCGACGAGCAAGUCCCCGACUGCAAAGAGUGCACCGACAGACACAUCGAAUGCCACGGCUACGACCUCGACGCGCCGGAGUGGAUGGCCGAUGAGGCCCUCCUGCAGGAAGAACUACAACGCAUCAAAGCCGCCGUCAAGGAGAACUUUCGGCGCGUCAAGAGGGUCCAGAAUAGGCGGCUCGCCCAGGCGACCGCUCAGGCUGCGCAGGCUUCGAGGGCGGGUGCUGCUGCUAGGCUCAAGGAUGAUGCUGUUGUCGCUUCUACUUCCGACUCGCAGGCGAGGAACACGACGUUUAGAGAGGCGCAGUAUCUUGUUCAUUACUUGGAUUACAUAUUUCCUAUCCAGUAUACAUUCUAUGUUGAUGCACCUGAAGAAGGAGGGCGAGGAUGGUUAUUCUUUCUCCUCGAGCGAAGUGCUCCUCUACGCAAUGCUGCUCUUACACUAUCUGCAUUCCAUCAACAUAUCUCCUCACCAUACCGAACAGAAAACCAAGAAGAUGAACUCCUCAACUAUCACACAAAAGCCCUACAAGAACUUCGACAAAUAAUAGGUCGUCGAGAAGUAGGCGGAUUCGCCGACAGCCGCGAAGAAUGGCUCGAGUUUCUAGCAGGCGGCAUGUUUCUAAUAAGUUUCGAGGUCUUCCAAGGAGGCACAAGCAACUGGGAACCACACUUCAACGCCCUCGUAACGGUCGCCAACGGCCUAAAACCCUCCGAAUUCGACUUUUGCCCACCAGACCCCUCGAGCCCAGACUUUGACUUUCUUCGGGGCAUGAACACGGCGCAAAAGUUUCUCCUGGCGAAUCUCCUCUGGAUCGACGUCCUCGCUCCGGUCUCUACGGGUGCAUCGCCGAAGUUGCCGUACCGCGAGUGGCUCGAUGCUGGCAAGAUUGACAUAUCGAGAGUCAUGGGGUGUCAGAACUCUAUUAUGAUUGCGAUUGGGGACUUGGUGGCUGUUGAUUCAAAGGCUGGUUCGAUGAGCACCGAGACCUUGCAGGAAAGCAUCCUCGAGCUCGAGAAGCAAAUAUUUGACGGAAUGGAAGCAACUCUGGAAGUUGAAUCAGUGACAAAGCAGUCAACGUCAGUAACACGUUCGGUAACCCACCUCUUCGCAACCUCAGCCCUCGUCCAAUUAUACACCCUAGCAUCAGAAUAUGGCCUAACAGCACCCGAUCCGCACCAAGCGGUUUUGCGAGUAAUCGAAGUCCUGGAGCAGAUGCCCGCCAACAUCUCACUACGCGGGACGCCGUGGCCUCUUUGCGUAGCUGGAUCGAUGGCGCUUCCUCCACAGCAACAGUAUUUCGACGAUCUGCUCAAGGGGCUGCUUAGUAGGUCAGAAGCUGGGUUUACAAAUUGCGGCACGGUGUAUCGGAUUGUUAAGCAUGCUUGGAAGCAGAGGGAACAGUAUCCGGAUAAGCUUUGGAGUGCGAGGCACGCUAUGGCAGAUAUGGGAGUUUGUGCUAUUCUGAUAUGA